CUCCGUCUCUUUGCGAUCUGCUUGUGAUCGAGCCAGUUCAGUUGUGGGAUGCCCUUCGCUUAGUGCCUAAGGCGACAAGGAUUCCUUUACGUCCGUGCUUCCAUGAUGCAAGCGCAGUCAGCGUCGAUUAAAGAACAGACCUGUGGUCCUUUUUUACAUCGUGGUGUCUCUUUGUCUUAUUACUAUCUAUCCUUGUCAAUACUUGCGAAUUCGUCCGCUACAGCCAUGCUCUGUACAGCCACACUCUACAAGUACUGCUACUACUCUGUACAUGACUACGCACUCGCAUUCAGCUGGAUAAUCGUCCAAAGAGAGCUACAAACACUUAUUCACGGAAUCAUCUAGCUAGAGAUACUGACUCUUUAACCCCCACUCCAUGAGUCUGAAGAAUGGCGGGGGUAAUACUACCGCGCUCAUUUUUUCU